AUGUCUUUGAAUCAAAUGCAAAUCAAGCAGGAAAUCACGCUCCCACCCGGCCUGAGCAAAACGGUUUCAAAGCAAAGCCAAGAGCCCGUGCCAUGCACUGAGCCUGUCCCAUGUCCACAGCAGCAACCUGAAGACCAAGUCCCAACAUCUUGCCCAGAACCAGUCCCAGUAGAAGUGGUACCAUGCCCAGAAAAAACAGUGCCAUUGCCAACAUCGGUGGUGGAACCAGGCAAGGGAGAAACACCAGUGGUUGUAAUACCCCAGUGUCCACCCCAGGAGCAGCAGCAGCAACAGCAAAGCAAGCUACCACCAACGUUCCCGCCAGCAUCGUGCCCUGAGCCUGUCCCAUGCCCCAAUGAGAAAUCAGCGUGCAAAGAGCUGCCUGAGAUCCCUGUACCAGAUCCUGUUACCUGCUCAGAGGAUGCAGCGUGUCCCCAGGAGAAGCAGCAGUGCAAGGAGAUCCCAGUGCCAAUCCCUGUUCCAUGCCCUGAACCUGCACCGUGUCCCCAGCAGAAGCAGGAGUGCAAGGAGAUCCCUGUGCCCACCCCAUGCCCUCCAGAGAAGCAGGAGUGCAAGGAAACCCCUGUGCCAAUCCCUGUUCCAUGCCCUGAACCCACACCAUGCGCCCAAGAGAAGCAGCAGUGCAAGGAGAUCCCGGUGCCGAUCCCUGUUCCAUGCCCUGAACCCUGUCCCCAGGAGAAGCAGGAACACAAGGAGAUCCCUGUGCCAAUCCCUGUUCCAUGCCCUGAACCCACACCAUGUGCCCAAGAGAAGCAGCAGUGCAAGGAGAUCCCUGUGCCAAUCCCUGUUCCAUGCCCUGAACCUGAACCAUGUCCUCAGGAGAAGCAGGAGUGCAAGGAGAUCCCUGUGCCAGUCCCCGUCCCGUGCCCUGAACCCGUGCCAUGUCCUCAGGAGAAGCAGGAGUGCAAGGAGAUCCCCGUGCCCAUCCCUGCUCCCUCCCCUGAGCCAGGGAAGUGCUCCCUUCCAGAGAAGCAUCCUCCCAUCGAGCAGCAGCAGGUGAAGCAGCCCAACCAGUGGCCACCUAUGCAGAAGUAA